CCCGUUGUUUACUUCAUCACAAGUGCCCAAAAUGAUCCAACUGCAGCACCUCCAAUUCCUAAGUCCAGCGGCUAUCGGCUGGCUCGCGCUAGGCUCUUCUCUACUCUUUUUGAUUGCGCAAUGUAUCUACCUACGCUUCUUCCAUCCUCUGGCCAAAUUUCCAGGGCCCGUGGCAGCUUCCCUGACGGAGAUGUGGAAAUGGAGAUCCCUCAUGUCGGGGAAAAACGUCUUCUAUUUACAAGAGUUACACGAGAAAUACGGUGAUGUCAUACGGAUUGCACCUAACGAGUUGUCUUACGCGUCGCUUCAAGCCUACCGCGAUAUCUACGGCCACAAAACGACAGGAAAGGAGAGGUUCCUCAAGUCCGACACCUACGACAAUGACGAGCCUCGGAUAUCCUCCGUGAGGGAUCCUGUCGUUCACGCGGAGCAGCGAAAGGCCCUAUCGCAUGCUUUCAGUGCCAGGGCUCUGCGAGACCAGGAAGAUGUGGUCCAUGGAUACGUCGACCUGUUCAUCAAACAGCUUGGUAACUUUGGCGCGGGCGGGCUCAAGCCAAUCAAUGUUACGGAUGCAUACAAUUGGUUGACCUUUGAUAUCAUUGGUGAUUUGUCUUUCGGGGAGCCCUUUGGUGCUCUGGAGACCGGCUCAAAUCAUUGGGUAAAGCUGGUAAUGGACUCGUUGGUAAUCGAGGGCGUCGACAGCGCCAUCAAGAAGCGGCCUUGGCUGAAACCCGUCAUCAGUCUCUCCUUGGGCCGCAAAACAAUGCAGGAAUGGCAAAACCAUUCUGCUGCGUACUUGAUGCUGUCGAGAGAGAAGGCCCAAAAACGCAUAGAGAUGGGAGAUUCCCUGAAACGGGUAGACUUUUUUGGCCACCUGAUCAAGAAGAAGGAGAUUAGCCAAAACUACCUCAUGGGUAACGCGCAGGUGCUGCUCGCUGCGGGCUCAGAAACGACGGCCACUUCCCUUGCGGGGACGACGUGGUACCUACUCCAGAACCAGGAUUGCCUGCGGAAGCUGACGGACGAGAUUCGGGGCACCUUCAAGUCGAUGGAUGAAAUCACGGGCGAUGCCACCGCAAGAUGUGAAUAUCUCCACGGAGUCAUCGAAGAGGGCCUCCGGCUGUUCCCUCCAGUGGCCCACGGACUGCCCCGCGUCUGCCCAGGCGCCAUGAUCGACGGCCAGUAUGUCCCUGCUGGUUGCAUUGUUGCUUGUGAGAACUAUCCUUUGGCCAGAGACCCUCGCUAUUGGGUCAACCCGGAUUUGUUCCAACCGGAGAGGUGGAUCGGUGAAGGGUUCGGGGACGAUAAGAGGGCAUUCCAGCCAUUUUCUAGUGGCCCACGCGCCUGUAUAGGAAUAAACCUGGCUUAUGUUGAGCUUCGGAUAACUCUGGCAAAGAUGAUCUUUGCUUAUGAUAUGGAGCUGGUAUCUCGAGAGAUCGAGGACUGGAACCACGCGUGCUUAUCAUUCGGUCUAUGGAGGAAGCCCGAUCUGCUGGUCAAGUUUCAUCCACGGCAAUUCGCUGUCUAAUUUGGGGGGCGAUUUGUGCACGCAGCUGUGUCAUAAGCCGGCAACUCAUUCUUUCAUGGUUUAUAUCGGACAGGCAGAGCCACCGAUCCAUGUGUGGAUCAAUUUAUGGCUCUCUUGUCUUAUUGGGUCUUCAAACCUCUUCAUCAUUUGAGGCCUCCAUUCAGUUCUUUUCUCCCACAGCCAACCUGUUCUCAACUUGGUUGUCAUUGGUGCCCGUGUUCUCGAUUUCACCAGCAUCAUUUUCGGCAACAAGCGUCUUGUACGGAGGCAUGAUCAGAGAUGACAUCAGAUAUAUGGCCCCCGAUAUGAACGUUGCUGUCGAUCACGAUGCGCUGUCUGUGUCCAGCCUGUCAAUUUGUUGAAGAUGAUAGAGGCGGUGGUAGAAGAAACGCUUUUAGAAAUAUAAGUAGUUUGCGAUAUUGA